ACAGUUAAUGGCAGAAUAUCUGAUGGAGUUUACUAUUGAUGAAAUAAACAUUGCACUCAAAGAAGCAGUGGGAAGUAGAUGCAAGACUUCUCCACCAAACGUCAUCAUUUUAAAAGCUGGAUCUGCUUCAAACAGCAAUCUUGCAGUUCAUAGAACUUGUGAAAUGUAUAUAGAAGAUCUAAAUUUGAAUCAAGAAGACUCAUUAUACAUUGCAUGUGAUGAAGCUAUCUUUUGCAGACUUAUAGAUUAUUCCAAUAAUCAAUUAAAACUAAAUCCUAUCCUUGGUCAGUGGCAUACAAGCAAGGAUAUGUGUAGUGCUUUAAUCAUCGCUUUCUCUAGUUAUGGAUUAUUCAGAUUAGCAUCUAUACUUGACAUGAAAUUCUUGAAAAGCUUCAGGAUGUUGUUGAUUACCAAGCAAUAUUUCACGUUCUUGAGCUUAUCUAGAUAG